CCUUAUGACGUAUUUCCUCUUCCGUUGUCCCUUGACCAUGCGGUUCUGCGCCGUUUGUUGUAUGUGAUGCUGGUCGUGGAAAUAAAGCAACUACAAAAGCUGUAAAUUAGAUUUUGGGCAGUGAAAUCGUGAUAACAAUGGAUCGACAAGGCGCUGGUUACUUUGGAGCGUAUCCAUCUAUCGAUCCCAGUUUUCAGAUACCAAGCGGCCAGAACGCUCCUGUAUCUCCCUACCUGAACUUCGAUCCAGCCUUCAUAAACGCCGGAGGACCUGAAUGGAUUUUCCCUGAAGGGGCCUCGAGGCAAAGGGGCCGUUUUGAGUUGGCGUUUUCUCAAAUCGGUGGUUCCGUCAUGACAGGUGCUGCGUUUGGAGGUAUUACAGGUUUUUAUCGUGGCCUAAAAGAAACGAACCUAGCAGGACAUACUGGUAGCAUCAGACGAACACAAAUGUUGAACUAUAUUACCAAGGGAGGUGCAGGAUCAGCAAAUAUUCUGGGUGUAAUAGCUGUAAUGUACAGUGGUUUUGGUGUGAUUCUCUCUUUUGCCCGUGGAGCUGAUGAUGAGCUCAAUACUCUUGCUGCUGGAACAUUAACAGGCCUCUUGUACAAGUCUACAAGUGGCCUACGAAAAUGUGCCAUUGGUGGUGGCGUGGGACUAGGUCUUGCAACACUGUACUGCCUUUACACUGGCAAAGACAGACUGAAACAAAUGUUGGAGAUGAAUCCAUCAUAACAGAGUCCUGAGUCAUGGUUUUCUAGGUUACACUAUUUUGCGACAGUACACCAGAGGAUGCCCGGAGAAACUGCUGGAUACUGAACACAUACAGUUGUACAUAGCAUGUGCUGCGUUCCUUAGCUGGGCCGAUGUGCUCCAAUGUAAAUCGAGUUAUGCGCAAUAUACUACGGGGGAUCACAAAUCUCUCUAUAUUGCAAGAAA